AUGUAUACGAAGGAUCGUUGUCCUUACUGUAUCUGGGCGAAGAAGGAGCUUAACGAUGAUGAGAUAUUUUUCGUUGAACGGAAUCUAUCCGAUGAAGCGUCAGUCAAAGCCACUAAGCAAGGACUUGCGAAUCUAACCCAUUGCAACACAGUGCCGCAAAUAUUCGUUUGUGGAAGGUAUUUUUUUCAGAAGUUUAGGUGUAAAAGAACGAUGGAGAAGUAA